AAACACGGCCUCAAAACGGAUUUUGAUUUACAUCGUCAGGGCGCUAAUGCCCAUUUUAUGAGAGCUGCUGGUGCCAUGUGCGAAGCGAGUUUCGCAUCUGAUGGAUUAAGCCGAAUGGCAUCAUUAGGUACCGUAUCUAUGGGUGUAGGGCCCGGAGGUAUCGGUGGUCCAAAUGUAGCAAAAAAAUUACAAGAAGACCAUAUAAAACGACCCAUGAAUGCGUUUAUGGUAUGGUCUCGCUUGCAACGUAGAAAAAUUGCACAAGAAAAUCCUAAAAUGCAUAAUUCUGAGAUUUCAAAACGAUUAGGAGCUGAAUGGAAAUUAUUAACAGAAGAUGAAAAAAGGCCAUUCAUUGAUGAAGCAAAACGAUUACGAGCGAUGCAUAUGAAAGAACAUCCUGAUUAUAAAUAUCGUCCACGAAGAAAACCUAAAACUCUACGUAAAGAAGGGUAUCCAUAUUCUAUUCCAUAUCCCUCUGUGCCAAUGGAUGCGUUAAGAGCUGGUAUGGCUGCGAGUCAAAUGGGGCAACAAAUGAGUUCUUACUAUAGUCCAUACGGUUCAUUGAAUGCGGCAUCGAUGGCAGCGGCGGCAGCUGCAGCAGCGGCUCAGCAAUCCGCAAUGUCAGCUAGCUUAGGUGCACCGGCACAGGUGGUCAGUUCAAUGGAUGCAAUGAAAUAUUCAAUGGAAGCGGAUAAAUAUCGUUCAGCAUACAUGCCACCAUCAUCAUUAGCCAUGUCUAUGUAUUCCGAUCCAAAGUAUAUGGAUAAUACAUCGAAGAAUUAUUUAGAUCGUAGUUAUUUAGACCAACAAGCAUUAACAAAAGCGUACCUUGAAUCAUCCAAGAUUUAUCUAGAGUCAACACAAAACCAAUCAAAAUAUAAUUCACAAGACUUGAGUCCACGAUCUUCAUCAAUAUCAUCAAAUUACGGGAAUCCAUUAGAUAUCAAUAAAAUGUACAAUAAUACAGACAUGCCAAGUGGUGGGGGUGGGGUCUGCCAUCCUCAAUCUGCAUCACCACGUUCUGUAGAUUCUCCAUCAAAUGAUCAGCAGAACACUACGAAAACAUCAAUUCAAAUGAAUGAACGACAUGAUGCAGCGAGUACAGAAUCAACAUCCACAUCAACCUCAUCAGCAGCACCAAGCCCCGGUGGCUUACCUAGUUACUAUCCAGCAAUGCAACAAACGGGUGGUUUACCUGGAUUAUUACCUAUGAGUCAAUAUGCUGUAGCGACGCAACAAUAUCAACAUGUUUCCACCGGAGGUUCAACGUCUGCACCUGGUAGUGAAUUUCGAAGACCACUUACUGUAAUAUUUUGACCCGAUAAUAAUUAGAAAAGAAAGGCAGUAAGUUACCUGAUUAAGUAAAAGGUUUUAUCAUAAAGAUCUCAGUAAUAGUAGAAAAAAUUAGAGUCCGUUCAUGAUGCUUCAGAUUUUUUUUUUAGUUUUUUAUUUUAUUCCCCAAG